CUGUUCAUUUCUUCAAUUCCUAUGUAUUUAUUGGUGACUAAUGGUCUUUCAUCCUCUGUGUCCCAUUCUGAAGGCCCGUCGAGAUGCACUGGCUUUAGAUUUAUCAAUGGUGUGUCAUCUUCUGUAGACCAUCCAGGUUUCAUCUCUUGGUUUCCUACAAAUGGAAUAUCUUAAACACACUGUCCAUAAUAUGAAUUAAUAAGAUAUCGAUGUUAUUUUUCAAUCACAAAUUACACAAUAUAGAUUCCAAAUAGGUAUAACAAAUUAUUACAAAAUAAGCUUAUAGAACUAUUUCAAAAGUAAUAAAAUGUUAUGCAAUUACUAGGUCUAUUUUAUUCAAAUGUUUCAAAUGUAUUCAAAUGUUUACCUGCGAAGGUUGGUAGAUUUAUGUUCUGAUCCCAGCCGGGUGGAUUAAACAAUGUAUCAAGGACAUUGGGGGUUAUAUCUAAUUCAUGAUCAGGAGCUGCCUUCUUCACACAAUCAGGGGCUAUCUGGUUCACACAAUCUUGGGAUAUCUGGUUCACACAAUCGGGGGCUAUCUGGUUCAGGCAAUCGGGGGCUAUCUGGUUCAGGCAAUCGGGGGCUAUCUGGUUCAGGCAAUCAGGGUCUAUAUGGUUGACGCAAUCAGGGUCUAUCUGACUCACACAAACAAGGGGUGUCUGGUUCACGCAAUUGGGGGAUAUCUGGUUCAGGCAAUCAGGGUCUAUCUAGUUCACGCAAUUGGGGGCUAUCUGGUUCAGGCAAUCAGGGUCUAUCUGGCUCACACAAUCAGGGUCUAUCUGGUUAACCCAAUCGGGGGCUAUCUGUUUCAGGCAAUCAGGUUCUAUCUGAUUCACAAAAUCAGGGGCUAUCUGGUUCACGCAAUCAGGGUUUAUCUGAUUCACACGAUCAGGGGCUAUCUGGUUCACACGAUCAGGGGCUAUCUGGAUCACACGAUCAGGGGCUAUCUGGUUCACAUAAUCAGGGGCUAUCUGGUUCACGCAAUCAGGGUUUAUCUGGUUCACACGAUCGGGGGCUAUCUGGUUCACACGAUUAGGGGCUAUCUGGUUAACACAAUCAGGGGCUAUCUGGUUCACGCAAUCAGGGUUUAUCUGGUUCACACGAUCAGGGGCUAUCUGGUUCACACGAUCAGGGGCUAUCUGGUUCAUACAAUCAGGGGCUAUCUGGUUCACGCAAUCAGGGUUUAUCUGGUUCACACGAUCAGGGGCUAU